ACUAGAGGGGCUUCGUGAUAUUAUAAUAAUAUAUAUAUAUAUAUAGUAUUAAAACCGAAAUGAUUAUUAUUUAUCGUAAAUAUUCUUGAAAAUUUCUCGAAAGAUGAUACGGUUUGUUCGCGGAGUCGCUCGACGAUUUAAUUCUUUUAUAUAUAUAUAUAUAUAUAUAUAUAUACGGGGUUUAAUAAUUAGCUAAACAUUUUUCUACGUAAACGUAAAAGAAAAAAACGUUCUAACGACAUCAGCUCUUCAUACGAGUUUUUUGUUUUUUUUGUCAUUACACGUGUAUAGAGACAUCAUAGAUCGUUAGAUGAAUAGUUAGACUUCGCGAUAAAUAAGGAAAAAUUCUUUUUAAGAACUUCGAUUCACAUUAACAUUUAAUAUACAUAGCUCUUCGUUUUUGUCUAUAUUAAAAAGUGUGAUAAGUUUAAUGUUUAAGGACAUUUUUCAACAUUUACAAGUCGCUCCAAGAGCGAUUAUCAGCACGAAAAAUAAACUUCUCCUUGCAUUGUUCUUUUUUACAACAUCGAAUGGACCAAAUCGAGAUUACAACGCGAGGAGAAAGUCGUCAAACGAACGAGCUAUUUUCGAUACUCUUCAAUUGUAAUACUUAAAGCGAGAAUACAUGAGAAGAAACCUAAAUACCCGUUGUAUAAAAUCAUUAAAAAACUCAACGAAUCAUACCGACCAUCUCGUCCAUGGAAUCCUUUUUUUUCAAAUUAUCGUCGCUAAGGAGAAACAAGCAGUCGUCUGUUUGUGUUUAAUCUGUCAUUUCCACGACACCUAUUCGUUCCUUGUGUUUCCUAUCGAUCGAACAUCUCCGGGACCAUUCUCGAAAAGAAUAUCGUCGAAUUACUCGACACCAUCUUUUUCAACCCUUAAAGUGUGAUUCAUUCAAAAUUAUAAAAUGCGUGAAAUUGUGCAUAUUCAAGCUGGCCAAUGUGGCAAUCAAAUUGGUGCCAAGUUUUGGGAAGUAAUAUCCGAUGAACAUGGUAUCGAUAACACUGGCACUUACCAUGGAGAUUCGGAUUUACAAUUAGAACGGAUCAAUGUUUAUUACAAUGAAGCUUCCGGCCCCAAAUACGUUCCUCGAGGGAUUUUAGUCGAUCUUGAACCUGGUACAAUGGACUCUGUACGUUCCGGCCCAUUCGGACAAAUUUUUAGACCAGACAAUUUCGUUUUUGGUCAAUCAGGAGCCGGAAAUAAUUGGGCCAAGGGUCAUUACACCGAAGGAGCAGAAUUAGUAGAUUCUGUUUUGGAUGUAGUGAGAAAAGAGGCAGAAAGUUGCGACUGUCUCCAAGGUUUUCAAAUGACGCAUUCUUUGGGUGGAGGAACCGGAUCAGGCAUGGGCACCCUAUUGAUAUCAAAAAUUCGUGAAGAAUAUCCUGAUAGAAUAAUGACGACUUUUUCUGUGGUACCAUCACCCAAAGUAUCUGACACAGUCGUCGAACCCUACAAUGCUACAUUGUCCGUUCAUCAACUCGUUGAAAACACUGAUCAAGCUUACUGCAUCGACAACGAAGCACUCUACGAUAUCUGUUUCCGUACUUUGAAACUAUCCACACCUACUUAUGGUGAUUUAAAUCAUCUAGUGUCUGCUACCAUGUCCGGCGUGACUACUUGCUUAAGAUUCCCGGGACAAUUGAAUGCUGAUUUGAGAAAACUGGCUGUCAACAUGGUACCCUUUCCACGUCUUCAUUUUUUCAUGCCAGGUUUUGCACCUUUGACAUCUCGUAGUAAUCAGCAAUACAGAGCUUUGACCGUACCUGAGUUGACUCAACAAAUGUUUGACUCAAAGAAUAUGAUGGCUGCCUGUGAUCCAAGACACGGAAAGUAUCUUACCGUUGCUGCUGUUUUUCGUGGUAGAAUGUCAAUGAAAGAAGUAGACGAACAAAUGCUUAAUAUUCAGAACAAAAAUAGUUCAUAUUUUGUCGAAUGGAUUCCGAAUAAUGUGAAAACAGCUGUGUGCGAUAUACCGCCACGUGGUCUUAAAAUGUCAGCAACUUUUAUUGGAAACUCAACGGCCAUUCAAGAACUUUUUAAGAGAAUUUCUGAACAAUUCACAGCGAUGUUCAGAAGGAAGGCUUUUCUUCAUUGGUAUACCGGUGAAGGAAUGGAUGAAAUGGAGUUCACCGAAGCUGAGUCAAACAUGAAUGAUUUGGUAUCUGAAUAUCAACAAUAUCAAGAAGCUGCGGCUGAAGACGAAGGUGAAUUCGACGAAGAAGAGGAGAUGGAAUAUAAAUAAUAUAUAAUAAAACCUAAAGAUUUUUGAAUGAUCCCGAUCGAAUAGGAAAGCAAGGAAGCGGUGUCGAAUAGACGAAAAAACAUUUGAUAUUCUUUUCUAUUUCGAUAUGUACUUUACUUUUAUUAUUCGUUUACUUUACUUUAUUUAUUUUUGAACUUGAACAAAAAAAUUUAUGAGUUUUUAUAUACGAUUUUUAUAGAAUUGUACAAGAAUUGUUAAUCUAAUAGAUUCUUUAUUUCCAGUAUAAUUGACGUUUUAUUCAUUUAUAAAGAAAAUCUACGAGAAAGGUAAGAAUUUAUUCGCGUGAAUUAAUUAACUUGAGAUUUAAUGAUCCGAUUCAUAAUAUUUACGUUUAAAUUGCUACACAAUAUAAUAAUCUUAGAUUUAUAAUAUAAAAUUUCAACGCGCUUAAGUACUUUCAAUGUUGAUAUCUUGAGCAAGUUAACACGAAUCAAAGUCGAUAUUUUAAAUAUGCCUAUUAAAUAUAAUAAUUGAGUAAUCACAUGGGCAUGCAUUCAUGUGACCAACACUCGAACGUUUACCGCGGCUCGCUAUCGAACUCUUUAUCGUCCUUCUGGUCAACUGGGAUUGAUCAAGCCAAGGCCUUGACAAAAAUUGGUAAUCACGUAUUAUCUCGUCGGAGCCCGAGGACAAACACUUUAUUAUUGCGUAUCACGGAGAUCAUAGUUCGUUGUACGUCUACAUAGAAAAAGAAAGUGCAAUCGUAUCAUUUCGUUCUAUUACUUUAUAUUUUAGCUUUGCGAUCAAUAAAUCUUUGCAUAUCAUUUCUGAGACAAUAUUUUUUAAUCUUAACAUUGCAUUUUAUUUAAAGAAUUAUUUAACAAUAAUCGAGAAAUUCAUCUUAUUUUGAUAGAAUUUUAAAUACUUUUAUAAACGAUUAUUUCACAAAUUUAAUAUUGUUACUGCACAAAUUAUAAACAAGUAACACAAUAUUAUCUGAAUCAUGCAACAAAAGGAUGGAACCAUUUUGAAACAUACGUAAAAUUUCGGUCACAAAAUUAAAAAAAAAGUUAUUAUUCGUUAUUAAAAUUUUAAGUGACAUUUUCUAU